AUGGGCAACAUAUUUGGAAAACUCUUCAAAGCUGAGAAGUUCAUCGUCCCUGGAGAAGUGAAAAGAGAAGAAACGGGAGAUGAGGAAAGCCUACAGAGGGGGGAAAGUGGGCAACUGGACCCCAUUCACAGUGACAAUAAUUUUCUGUCCAACUCUGGGGACAUUUGUGUCGUCCCUGGAGAGGACAAUAGUGUCAUCCCUGGAGGAGUGAAGAGAAAACGUACGGAAGACGGGGAAAUCCAACAGAGUAAGAAGCGCAAGAGACUGGAACCCAUCCCCUGUGACACUGAGUCGGCGUCCACUUUAAAAACCAUUAGUGAGUCGACGUCCACUUUCGAGGCCAUUCGUUUCAUCCCUGGAGGAGUGAAGAGAAAACUUACGGAAGAUGGGGAAAUCCCACAGAGUAAGAAGCGCAAGAGACUGGAACCCAUCCCCUGUGACACUGAGUUGCCAUCCACUUCAAAGGACAAUAGUGUCAUCCCUGGAGGAGUGAAGAGAAAAUGUACGGAAGAUGGAGAAAUCCCACAGAGUAAGAAGCACAAGAGACUGGAACCCAUCCCCUUCAUCUUUAAGGCCAAGUACCAGCAGGUGCAGAAACUUGGCCAAGGAGGAUAUGGAUGCGUGUUUGCUGGCUACCGCAAAGUGGAUAAUCUGCCUGUUGCAAUCAAGCGUAUCUACAUAGACACCAAACUCCACCUUCACCUUGACGGUAAAGGGAACCAGAUCCCUAUGGAGGUUGCCAUCCUAAGUAAACUAGCGGCUGAAUCGGAGUGGCAUUCAGCACCCAUUAAGCUACUGGACUGGUACAUUGUCGACCCGGAGCUGAUCCUGGUGCUGGAGAGACCAAUGCCGGCCGUAGACCUCGGCAACUACAUUGAAACCAAAGGAGGCUACUUGAAGGAACCGGAAGCCAAGAUUAUAAUUAAGCAGUUGGUGGAUGCAGCAAUUGACCUCGAGCAGAAACACAUAUUCCACCGGGACAUUAAGGUGGAAAAUCUCCUUAUUGAGACCUGCAUGACGUUGCCGCGAGUUCGCCUCAUCGACUUCGGUGUGAGCUGCUUCUACAACGAAGGAGACACCUUUAGCCAGUUGUACGGUACUUACACUCCCCCAGAAUGGCAUACUCGGAAGGAAUACCAAGCCGGACCCGUGUCAGUAUUCCAGAUUGGGCUGGUCCUGUUCUUCCUGCGACAAAAAGUGACAUAUAAAGAGGGCAUGUCCUUUUUGGAGCUGAGUAAGACCCCUUGGCUUUCCAAAGAUGGCAAAGAUUUCAUUGAGGCGUGCUUAUGUCCGGAUCCGGAUAUUCGUAUCACUCUGGACCAGCUGAAGAAUCACCCGUGGCUGAGAGCCAUGUUUUGUUAG